AUGAGGUACGUCUCGGCUUAUAUGUUAGCUGCAAUGGGUGCUUCUAAAGGACACGGUCACCAUGAACAUGUUAUUUCUGUUCAUGAUAUUGAGAAUAUUCUUGGUUCCGUUGGCAUUGAUUGUGACAAGGAAAUGGCACAAACGGUUGUUAAUAAGCUCAGUCAUAAAUCUUUAGACGAACUUAUUCAGCAGGGCAUUGCCAACCUUUGUUCAGUUUCAGCUUCCCCAGCUGGGACUGGGUCUGCCCCUAUGACUUCAGCGUCAGGUGAUGCCCCUGCUGCAGAAGCCAAACCAGCGGAAGAGAAAAAGGAGGAGAAGAAAGAAGAGGAGUCUGACGACGAUAUGGGUUUUGGACUGUUUGACUAA